AGCUUUUUAUUUAUCAUCGUUAUGUUGUACUCGGGUUUAAAUGUUUUACUUUGAACGUAUAUUUUUCAUUGAAUCAAUGGAGUUUAGGGCAUUAAUAAUAAAAACACGUUUUUUUAUUGGCAAAAUACGGUAACAGUUGACCUCAUUGCGUAUCUAUUGUGGCUUUUGUGAUCGCUCGAGGUGGAUCACCAUAGUAACCGCAGACGCCUCAACAUCGCGUCGUCUCAUUGGCCUCUGUGUGCGUUCACGUUCCUGAUUCGAGCUCCUCUGUGUUGUAGUUCUCAAAACACACACAGAAAUACACACACAGAAAUACACACACAGAAAUACACACUCUUGUCGACCUUGAGCUUCAACCAUGAGAUUAUAUUCUGUGGAGUAUUUCUGAGCCAAACAGACAUGAAAGUGAAGACUGGAUCAUCAUGCCUCUCCAGGACAGAAAGUCUAGAGGUCCAACGAAAUCACAUCCAAAACCUAAAGACAAGGAGCUUCUUGAUCUGAAAAGACUUUUAGCAUUGAUCACAGCUCCUGAAACCGGACAACAGGUUUCCCCUGUAAAUCAGUCCAGGAGACAGAAGUCACAAACCUCCUCAAAUGUUCUCGACAGCCGGAAGAAUUGCCCGAUCGCUGAAGCGUCCGAGCUGGAUAACUUCAGUGCGACUUACCGAAAUCAGAGAUGUUUUAGUGACCAGCCGCAUCAGAAAGUUUUCCUGGACAUCUAAGGCUUAGUCAACAACAGACUGGCUUUCAGCGAAUGGAUGGAAAAUUCUUCAUCGGAUGGAGUGCUGAGAGUUUUGAACUGCUUGAGAUUGCUGAUCAGAGAUCCAGUUUACCAGACAAUGUUUUUUGAACUCCAAGGGGCUGGACAGCUUGCUAAGUACAUGGAGUCUGUCGCCGUUGUGUAUCUGGAAUGUAGAGAACAGACACUGGAUGUUGAGCAGCUGGUUGCCAUGACAUAUAUGUUUCAGAAACUGUCUUCAGUUGAGGAACAGAGACAGUGGAUUAUUAACUGUGGGACACAUAAGACUCUCGUCAAUCUUCUUUCCGCACGGGACAGCGAUGUGGUGUUAGGAGCUCUGCUGGCCCUCACCACGCUUGCCGAAAGUCAAGAAUGCAAAGAGAAGAUCGGAGAGCUGUCUAUUGUGGAGCAUCUUCUCGUCGUCUUGCAAGAAUAUGACACGUUGUCCAAAAGGUUGAGCGCGGAGCUGUUGAGGUUGUUGUGUGCGGUGCAGUGCGUCAGGGAACAGGUGCGUCACUGUGACGGUGUUCCCGUGCUCCUCAGUCACCUGCACGCCGACCAUGUGAAGCUGCUGUGGAGCACCGUGUGGGUCCUGGUGCAGCUGUGUCAGGAUCCGGACACCAGCGCUGAGAUCCGAGCCUGGGGCGGCGUACAGCAGCUGCUCAGAAUCUUGCACGGAGAGCGAGUUUACGUGACGGAUCGUUCCACCAUCGACGCGCUCUCCAGUGCCAACGCGGCGGGCAGGAGACACAGACAACAUGUGUUGACAGAGAUCAGCGCUCGAGAGACGGCAGAGAACAUCAUGAAUCUUCAGACAGCAUGCUGUGCGGCGAUCACUGAGCUUGUGUUGGACGACACAACAGCACAUAAUGUAGUGCAGGAGAAUGGCGUGUACAUAAUCGGCAAACUGAUAUUACCCCAAAACUUUAAAGGAACUCAAGCUAAAUCCCUACAGUGUUAUGCUUUUAGGGCUCUACGGUUCCUUUUUAGUAUGGAGCGCAAUAGACAUCAUUUUAAAAGACUCUUUUCUCCAGAGGUGUUUGAGAUCUUUAUUGACGUUGGACAUUAUGUAAGGGACAUUUCUGCAUAUGAAACACUACAAGAAAAAAUCUCCCUCCUAUCGAAUGAUGAGUUGGAUGUUCUCAAGGAAAACAUGGAGACAGUGAAUCAGAAUCGACCGCCUUUGAGAAUUAUUAACGGUUAUGCUGUUCUGGAUCAUCUGGGCAGUGGUGCCUUUGGCAGCGUUUAUAAGGUCCGUAAGCAGAACGGACAGAACUAUCUGGCGCUGAAGGAGGUGAACUUUCACAAUCCUGCUUUUGGUAAAGACACGCGCUCACGGGACAGCAGCGUAGAGAAGAUCGUGUCUGAGCUGACCAUCAGUAAAGAACAGAUGUCUCAUCCGAAUAUUGUAAAAUACGUCAAGACAUUUUUAGAAAGUGAUAAACUUUACAUUGUGAUGGAGCUCAUCGUAGGAGCUCCGCUGGCUGAACAUUUCAACUCUCUGAAAGAGAAACAGCAGACGUUCACUGAGGAGAGAGUCUGGAACAUCUUCAUACAGAUAUGUCUGGCUUUGAGAUACUUACACAAGGAGAAACGCAUCGUCCACCGUGACCUCACUCCUAAUAAUAUCAUGCUCGGAGAGAGAGAUAAAGUCACCAUCACUGAUUUUGGUCUUGCAAAGCAGAAACAGGAGAACAGUAAACUGACGUCAGUGGUCGGAACAAUACUGUACUGCUGUCCAGAGAUUGUGAAGAAUGAGCCGUAUGGUGAGAAAGCAGAUGUUUGGGCCACGGGUUGUAUCCUCUAUCAGAUGGUCACUCUCACACCUCCUUUCUACAGCGCAAACAUGCUCUCGCUCGCUACUAAGAUCGUAGAAGCCGUCUAUGAGCCAGUAACGGAUGAAGCUUUCUCGGAGAGAGUUACACACAUGAUUCAAUGGUGCUUGACUCCGAAUGCAGACCUGCGUCCUGACAUCAUCCAGGUCAGUUCCAGAAUUUCUGACAUCAUGAUGAGGUUUGUGGACAGUCUUUGCACAUCCCAUAAUUCAUUAGAGAGAAGGGCGGAGCGAGACAGGAAGAGAGCUCAGAAGUAUUUCCUGGAGAACAACAGGACCAGGAUGUGUAGACCGCCACAGAGCGUGAAAAUACAAGAUGAACCACAGACACAGAGUUUUGAAACGUCUGCAUUGGAAGAAGAUCAAAGCCGAGAAAUGGUCGAGCGCAGUGUGAAGUCCUCAGAUGAGCUGAAGCUGGUCAGCAGCGAGGAUUUUCAGAAGGCAAGAAGUCGACCAGGUGAAUCUUCGGCAGGCAUCUGUCUAUCACAGAGAAAAGUUCGACAGAUUGACGAUCCCAACCACAGGCUUCUGGAAGUUCUGCACAAGAUUGUGUUCAUAUCUCAGCUUCCACCCGCUCUACAUAACAGCUUCAAGCAGCGGACGAUCGAGCGCUUUAAAAAAGCCCUGUUCUCUCAUGGAAGUGAUGCAUACAAUCUGAAGGUGGAGCUGACAAAGGUCCUUCAUGGCAGUCAAGAGCUGGUGGAGAUGACCUCAUCAAGCAGGGAGUGGUGGUCUAUGAUCCAGUCUCUGAGCUCAGAACCUUCUGCCGCUGACAGUCGAGGCGAGUCGGGUUAUUCUGCUCUUCAAGAUGGACUCACAUAUGAGGACAUGCAGACCAUCCUGGAGGAGGUACUCGAGGACAACAGCUAUUAUAACAAAACCACAAGCAGGGGCGGGACAGAUUCAGGAGCGAGAUCAAGAAAUUACACCCCGUAACCCACAGCACAUCAGUGAUUGACACCUGUCAUGUGCUGAAAUGUGACAUCCUGCCGACAACCUUUCAGGUCAACCGCUACACAUGUCAAGACAAGCUGAACAUAAUCACAUUAUAAGUCAUAAGAUUAUUAUAUUACAACACUAUAGGCAGUGUCUGCUGUGCACAAGUACAUGAUGUUUGUACGGCAGGGUACGUGUGAAAUCAACGAUUACCUCAUUUUAAUGUGUGCACUUUGACAUGGGAUAUCUUCACUCAUUUUUAAGAUUGUUCUUUUGCUUGAUUUAAAUAACAAAUGUCUAUAAAAUAUAGUUUAAAUAGAUGGAUUUAAAACUUAGAUCAAAGAAAAACAGAUGGACAGAUUAAAUUAUUUAAGAGCAUUUAUUAGAUAUGAUGUAUAUUUAUAUAAUGUAAAUGUUUAUAAGCUUUGCCUUUAUAAAGGUCUAUUUUCUUUCUCUUUCCUUACGUCAGUGGCUGUAGAUUGGAGUCCAAUAGUUAUCUCUAUAUUUUAACAUGGUUGGGAUUUUGAAACAUGUAAAACAAAGAUGUGACAUUAAAAGAAGAAAUACUUAGGAUUAUAAAUCAGUAAUCACAUUUGUCAUACUGGGUGUUAGUGAAAAAAACAACAAUGAAGAUAAAUCUCUCAUAUGCUAUUUGAUAUUAUACAUAUUAAUAAUAUAAAAUAAUAUAUUGACAGUUUCACAAUUUUUGCUAUCAUUUGUCAACUAGCCAAACAUUUUUUUUUCUUUCUCAGGGUAAAGCUUUCAGGGUUUCUUUUACUUUAUGUUCAAAUUAAUUUUUUCAUUUACAGAUCUAUUCAGUUUUUUCGAUUUACAUACAGAAAGUUACACUUUACUUUGAAAUUGUAUCGCAAGUUGUAGUAUGCAACAAAAAUUACUUAAGUAAA